CACGGUAGAUUUACUUCUUCGGCUUAUUCCCCUCACUCGUUCGCAAAGGACUGUGUCCGCUCCUUACUUCGCUCUAUCCUACAGCUUCGCUCUGAAGGGAACCUCUGUUACUGCUUACAGCACCCCCCUCCACUCUUCUGCAUUACCAGUCCGCUGUCCUACUUCGGACCCCGCUCUUAUCAUGUCUAACUCAACCGGCUCUUUCUCUGCCCCUCCGCAAAUCCUCACCUUCGACGGUCUGCUUUCCGACUUUGACGGCACCAUCGUCGACUCAACUGAUGCGAUCGUGAAACAUUGGCACAGAAUUGGCGCGGAGUUAGGCGUCGACCCCGCGACGAUCCUGGCGACCUCACACGGACGCCGAAGCAUUGAUACGCUGCAGCUGUAUGACCCGACGAAGGCCAACUGGGAGUACGUCAGCUACGUUGAGGGUCGUAUUCCUCAGGAGUACGGGUCCGACGCCGUUGAGAUUCCCGGCGCGCGGUCCCUGCUGUCAGCGUUGGACGAGGCGGGCGCUCGCUGGGGGGUGGUGACAUCCGGAACGCGCGCCCUGCUCGAGGGCUGGCUGGGAGUGCUGAACCUGACGCACCCGGACGUGCUGGUCGUGGCCGAGGACGUCGAGCUGGGCAAGCCCGACCCGCGGUGCUAUCUCUUGGGUCGGACACGAUUGGGUCUGGAGCAUUCGCCCGCGCUGGUCGUGCUGGAGGAUGCGCCCUCGGGAAUCAAGGCGGGCAAGGCGGCCGGGUUCACGGUCAUUGCGUUGACGACGACCCACACGCUGGAGCAGCUUCAGGCGGCCGGAGCGGAUGUGAUCAUCGAGGACCUGCGCAGCAUCAGUGUCAAGAGCGUGGUGGAUGGUCGGAUUGAGCUGGAGGUCCGGAACGCCUUCCAAUGAAGCAUAGAUGCGUCGGAUAGAAGGAUAGAAAGAGGGCUAGACUCGUUCGGCAUUGGAAGUAGUAGUGGCUGACCCACCCCCGCUCCUCGAUGAAGAUUUUCUUUUUGGUGAUUUUUCUGAUACCUGCUGCUGUAUCUGUCAAGCCAAGAUCUGCUUUCCACCUUCGAUAGACACAGACCUUACAAGAUUUGCAUUGUACAUAUUUACUAUCAUAGAUAGACAAGACUAGAUUAGCCAGCAGCCAGCCAGCAGCCAGCCAACUACCCAGCAUACAUAC